AUGGCUUGGAACAGCAACCAUCAUCCUGGAACGGCGCAUAAGAGCAGCGUAUCGCACAACAACAGCCAAACACAGGGCGACAACGAGUACGACAUGCCAGACGAGGUGCCUCCGCCAAGCAGACCGGGUGCGUGGAACCGCCGAGGCAGCAACAUUGUCAUCACCAACGAGUUCAGCAUCGAGCGCAACCGGUUGCAACAGCAGAAGACGGAGACAGGGUCGUGCGAUCAAGACGAUAUAACAACGGCAAGGAGCCUCAACCAGGACAAGCCCGAAGGCAAGAGUCCCUACUACCAUGUCUGA